AUGUCCCAUCCGUACCAUCGCCGAUUACUUAAGGAGCACAAACUGCUCUGUGAAGACCCCAUUCCUGGGGUACAGCUUCUUUCGAAUGAGGAGGACUUGAAACAAUUUUUGUUUGGAAUUCUGGUAGCUGACAAUGACCUUUAUCCCAGUGGUGAUCUUUACAAACUCCUGAUCAUUGUAACCAAAGAUUAUCCUGUUGACUCUCCACUGGUCAAGUUUGUGGUUCAAGACCAAAACGAUGCCAUUCCCAUCCAUCCACAUAUUUAUUCCAAUGGGCACAUUUGCCUUAAUCUUCUUGGCGAAGAUUGGACUCCAGCAUGCCUGAUUGAGUCGAUUUUACUCAGCAUACACUCGAUGCUCGUGCACAAUACAAACAACUCGCGGCCUCCUGACGAUGAGCGGUACAUCAAGAAUGCUCCAAUAGACCCAAAACGGAGCCGGUUUGUUUUCCAUGAUGAUAAUGUAUGA